UAGGUAAAACUUUUAGUAAACAAUGAGAACAACUUGCGUGGUAUUCAUCCUGUUAAGUGUAAAGUUGUGUUUCGUUUUGGGUACAGACGAUUCGAUAAAGACAGUCAUCUCUCGAAGAAGAUUAACUCCCGUGGUACCAACUUCAUCAGAUAUUAGACCCACUGUCCCACCAGAUACAUCAACUUGUUUCCAUCAACCAUCUUGCCCCACUGUUCAGAAUCACAGGUUCGUAACAGUGGAUGGGACCUGCAACAACAGAAUUGACAAGAACAGGGGAAGAGCGAAAAGGUCACACAAGAGACUGCUACCAGCAAAAUACGCUAACAAAAUAGGACUUCCACGGGGCUUUGGUGGUAGCCUUCCUUCGCCGAGAGUCAUUUCAACCACGAUGACGUCAUCUGUGACGCAACAAUCACCAAGUCUCUCCCAUCUUGUACCAUGGUGGGGACAAUAUAUUGUACAUGAUAUUUCAAAGACGCCAAACACUGAAAAAAACUACGACGGGACACCCGUACAGUGUAGCUGCAGUAAUCCAUCACAAGAAUGCAUGAACAUUCCUAUACCGGUGGACGACAUACAACGACGGACGGAAAAUAAAACUUGUUUUUCCUUCAAGCGUUCACAGCCUGUACCUGAUACAGCUGGCAGCAACUGUGAUACCGAAGUAAGGCAGCAGAUGAAUGCUAUCAGUGGAUUUAUAGAUCUUGGUACAAUAUAUGGGAACACUCAAGAGCAUUUGGACGCAUUGCUGGACCCAGAAUCAAAUAUAGGAGAAUUGAAAGUACAGAGAAUGCAUUACCACGGCACUGAGAAAACACUGCCUCUCCAGAGCGAAGUUGACUCGAUGGUGAGCUCGGGCAUGUCUUGUCCAAGGAAUCUUCAUAAACCAACUAAUAUUCCUUGUUUCGUUGCCGGCGACAAGCGAGUGAACGAAAAUACGGGCCUUGCAUCAGUACACACAAUCAUCUUAAGAAAGCAUAACCAAAUAGCAAACCAUCUCCAUACUAUUAACCCUGCAUGGAACGGAAAGAAAAUAUUUGAUACAACCAGAGCUAUUCUGACAGCAACGGAGCAAUUCGUCACCUUCAAAUAUUUCCUACCAGUUAUUAUCGGCGAGGAACACAUGCGACGAUUUGGACUAAACCCUGUAUCAAACGGAUAUUGGUACGGAUAUGAUGCAACUUAUGAUGCAACAGUGUCUAAUGCAUUUGCAACUGCUGCAUUUCGAUUCGGACACAGCCAGAUCCGCAUGUAUCUAACUCGAAUUAAUCCAAGCUGGUCUGGAAACCAAGGAUCUAGGUUUCGACUAAAAGACAGUUACUUCAAUAGCGAGCCAAUACUGGACGAAUCGCGCGGUGGUGUGAAUUCAAUUAUGAGAGGUCUUGCCAAAGACGCGGCCAUGGCUGUCGAUCCAACGUUUACUGAGGAUUUACGAAACUUUCUGUUUGCAGAGCAAGGCAAAUUUGGCUUCGAUUUAAUGGCAAGAAAUAUACAGCGUGGUCGUGAUCAUGGCUUGCCUGGUUACAACGAAUGGAGGGAGUUUUGUGGUUUGACUCGAGUAACAGACUUUGACCAGCUUACCGAGAUACCAAGGACGGCUAGAAGAAAUUUGAAAGAGUUAUACAGCAAUGUUGACGACAUUGAUCUCUACAUUGGAGGGGUGUCAGAAACACCGGUGCGUGGUGGCGCUGUUGGGCCAACAUUCGCUUGUCUCAUUGGAUACCAGUUUCGUGAUAUUCGAAGGGGUGACCGGUUCUGGUUCGAAAACGGUGGAGUGUUUCAAUAUUUCACACCAGACCAGCUUACAGCGAUAAGAGAAUACAGCUUCCCUCGACUUUUAUGCGAUACAGCAUCCGACACACGAACUGUGCAGCAAAACCCAAUGAAAGUGGAGGGCAGGGGAAACAGGAGACUCCAAUGUUCUGAGUUCCCAGCACUUAACCUUGAACCCUGGAGGGUCGGGGCUCCAGCACAAACCCAGGAUGUGCCACAGAAUACUGAUGCUGAUUCUUAUGAUUCCGAAUGGACAGUUUGGUUUCCGACGUACACAAGAGGCGGUAUGGAGCUUACUGUUGCUGAAACUUUUAACCACUUGCUACGUCAUCGUAUCGACGAAGUUUGCCGCGAAGUUUUGGAAACAGAGACGAAGGUCGUGAACGGUAGGACCCAGGUUCGAUUCCAGUGCCCGCCGGGAACGAUUCGGUACAGUGACUACCCACAAGUUGAAACUGAACAGUUGUUUUGGACUGAUUGGGUUGAUAACUCUACACCGGAUAGAAGAGUAAACGACGAUGACGAAUCUAGAGUUCCUGAUCAAGUCGGGUGUUUCAAACCGCUCGCCAUACAAGCUCAAACCACUGCUGGAAUUCCUGCAAGCGAAACUGGAGAACCGUUAAUCGAAUACAGCCCAAUCUUAGGCUUGGUUUGUAAAGGAAUCGAUCAAAGAAACCGAAGAUGCAGCGAUUACAGAGUUCGAUAUUUGUGCCGGAAAGGAGACGAAUUUUCUCUACGUAACCCUGAAGAAAAGAGUCAGUGGACAGAAUGGAUCAACCGAGACACUCCUGCUGGGAAAGUUGGAGAUACAGAGUAUUUGUAUCGAGCUAGGGGAACUCCGGGGUUGUGCCGAGUCCCGAUAGCGAUGGAGGCUCGAACAGUGGACGAUAAAACCCCCGCUUCCGAUACCAAUGACGUAACACACAUGAGUUUGAGACGCGGUUUCGUAUGUUUGCAUAAAGAUCAACCAUCGGGAAGAAAGUGUCGAGAUUAUGAAGUUAGAUACAAGUGCCCAGUUGUUAACAGCGCCAGUACGCCAAGACCAGGCGUCACAACAGCUUCAACUAUAUCAAGAAGAGUUACUCGGCAAGCAAGAUUCAUGUGUUACACAUACGGGUUGUGUUGCGCAUAAGAUAGAACUGUACAGUUGUUACAGUAGUACCUCGGAUGGAAUAGAGAUCAUCUCUGCUUCAGAUAUGUAUUUUAAUGUGAUGUUUUUAUUAGAUGAUAUAUAUUUGUAUUCUGUAACAUGUACUAUGUAUUUUAUAAUGUAAUUUGAAAUAGAUGUACCAGAAACGUAUGAAAG